AUGAAGCCGCUUUUAAAUGAUAGAGGGAAAUCAUACACAGAAGCGCAGGAAUAUGAUGGCUACUUAUUUCCAAGGAAGCUAGGGGGUCAGGAGAAUAUUAACGUUUCCGAAUUCCUAGCUGGUCUCAAUGAUCUUACCUUCAAAGAUGACGAAGUGUGCAUUGUUUCGUACCCUAAGUCAGGUACUCAUUGGACAUACGAGAUAUGUAACAUUAUCACAACCGGAAGUUCUGACUUCAUAGAUACAUUGAUGCCAAUCUUCGAUUACUCUCCAAAGGAAGAGUUGAAAGAUCCACAAGCGAGAAGUCUUGUCUACUCCUCUCAUUUUUAUCCAAGACACUUGCCAAAGCAGUUUAUGGAGAAACGCUGCAAGAUUAUCCAUGUAUACCGAAAUCCGAAAGACGUUGCCGUUUCCUAUUUUAACUUCAGCAAAAAGCUGAGAACAUUUGAUAUGGAAGAUAUGGACUUUUCUGAAUUCCUGAGGCAUUACACCAGUGGCAAUGUAUGUUGUGGGACCUGGGUGAAGUGGAUUGAGGAAUGGAAAACAUUUAAGAAAGAAAAUUCUGAUUACCCACUGUUAGAGAUAGCAUACGAAGAUUUGAAAAGGGCAACAUAUUAA